CUCCUUCCUGAACUGUGCAAAUUGUAUGGGAUUCUUCAGCGUGGCCGCUGUGCCCACGAUUUCCGAAGUCCGACUAAUACUUAAAUAUUAAACUUGAAUACAGUUAACAGCUAGAUACAGACUUAAUAUGAUUUGCAUUAGCACUGAUCGCUCCUCUAGUUUUUUUCUUAUGAGUCGCGUAUGGAUUUACCUGGUUUCUGCGCUUUGCGCGCUUCUCUCGCCUGGUAUUUAUCAGGCGGAGGGAAUGGAGGUGUUUACAUCCUCAGAGUUGGAGGCAAUCAAUGGAACAAAUGUACUGCUGAAAUGUACAUUUAAAUCUACCUAUCCUCUAUCUGAAGACACAACUACAGUAUCCUGGAGCUUCAGGCCAGUUGGACAGACAGCAGAAGAAUCGAUUUUUUAUUACCAUCAAACAUCAUUUCCCCCAUUCAGUGGCCUGUUUAAGAAUCAUGCUGUAUGGUCUGGUAAUGUAGUAAAGGGUGAUGGCUCCAUUAGAUUGCAGAAUGUGCAGUUCACAUUUAACGGAACCUUCAGCUGUCAGGUCCGAAAUCCACCCGACAUCCAGGGCAUUGCAGGCGAGAUCAGUCUGAAAGUAGUCAGUAAAGUGUCCAACUCUGAGAUAGCAAUUCUGGCUAUAGCUGUGGGUGGAUCCAUUGGCAUUAUUCUACUCAUCCUUAUCAUCUAUGUCUUUGUGCGGUUAUUCAGAAGAAACAAGAUUUAUUCUGUGUUAGUUUGAGAUGGAUGAACACAGAUCAAAAAAUCAAGUGUUGUAAGAGGAGAUGCCUGAAUGCUUUUAAUGAUUGUGUGCUAUCAGAGCUGUGUGUCUGGACAACAUGAAAUUAGAUUUUAAGAAAUACAUGCCCAAUAUUUUUUUUAUAUCAAUUUAUAUGAAUGUUUUUAUACAAGUUCUAUUAUUUUUUAAAUGACUGUUUUACAUUGUCCAUUCAUUUUACAUUUACAGAGGCUCGUAAGCCUGUAUAAUUUUUCAACUGAAUUAAAGUUUUAGGGGUUUUAUAUGCUGAAUACGUAAUCAUUAUGAACAAUGUAAAUAUCAAAUUAAAGAUUUGUGUAUUUUUUAAGCAAUAUCAAAUGCUGUGAUGUGUUCCAUGUAAACCAUUAGUGUUCUGCCUGAUCCAUGCCAGUGGACUGUUACUGUGCAUAGCUAUGAGUAUUUUUUUUCCACUUUUUAUUCUGUUUUUUGUUUUGUAUUGCAUAUUGAAUUAUUUUUACACAUUGAGGAAAUUCAGAGAAAUUGACACAUGCUUUGAAAAACAGUUAAUUUGUCUGAAUUCUCCAUACUGGUAAAUAGGGCUGCACAAUAUAUAUAUACACACAGAAAUUAUUGAAAUAUCAAAAACAUGCAUAUAACAAUAUGCAUAUGAAAAUUGCUUGCAAUAACUAAAUAAUUUGAAUUGUCCUAAAGGUUAUAUAUAGUACUAUGCAAAAGUCUUAGGCUACCAUGCUACCAUUAGAUUUGUUGUUUUUGCAAUUGUAUAGUGAUCAUAUAUAAUUAUUUCUCAGACUCUUUAUUAGAAUCCAGAAAUUACAGAAAAAAAUGUAUGUAUGUAGUAUUAAAAACAGUAUAAAAGUAUAAGCUGAAGUGUCAAGUAUUUAGGGUAAACUCCUCUUCCACUUGAAAAAUAGCAGGCAGCUGCAGGAUCUCUUAAACCUAAAAAAAUUAAAUCCUAAUUUCUCAUUCUAAUUGAAUGACUUCAGGACUUCAGUCUCCUCAAAAAAAGCUCAAGAUGUGUUUCGUGCCAAGAGAGGUCACACUAAAUACUGACUGAUGAUGCCUGAAGGAGUUGUACAUAUUUCCUGUAUUUUCUGUUUGUAUCUUAAUAAAAAGAGUGAAAAAUAAAUAAGGAUGGACAUAAAAUUUUGCUAAAA